AUGUAUUGUGGGAUAAUAUUGGUUGAGUACAAUGCGGACUUGAUAAUGUUUAAGGUGGAAGAAGAUAUUGUUUUUGGGGAGAAAGGUAGGAAGGAAGUUGUGUUUACGGUGUAUUUUGAUAAAGGAACAUCCUCAGUGAAGUGUAGUUGUUGCAGAGAUCAAUUUAGAGGAACAUUAUGUAGGCACGUCACUAUUGUGUUAAUCCAAAAUCGUCAAUAUUUGGUUCCAGCUUAUUACAUCUUUAGCCAUUGGAGGAAAGACGUGAGGAGAUGUCAUUCUCGAGUCAAAAUUAAUUACGAGGGAUGGAUUGUCACAUCGAAGCAGUGCCAAUAUAAUGAGUUGUGUAAAUUGUUCACCUCGGUGGUAGACUUGGCAGCAAUGAGUGAAGAUAAAUAUAAGUCAUUGAUUAACUGGAUAGAGAAUGCAUCCAGGACAAUGACAACCAGUGUUGGUGAUUCUGUUUUACCUGGAACAAGCCAAAAUGAUCCGAUAAUCAAAAGGACAAAGGGACAUCCUCGUAGUUUGAGGAAGGAAAAUAUAUUUAAGAGAAAAUGUGUCGGAAGUGUUCGAGAUGAGGUUGUAUCAACAACAACAUCGACUUUAAUAAUUGAUGAAAUAACGGAAUAA